CUCCGAAAUCUCCUAGCAACCCCCCACCGUACCGCGGACCCGGCCUUUCAGUCACCUCCCCUCCGGCGAACCUCACCACUGCCCCCGGGAUUGGAGGGGGGAGCGGCCUGUGGCCGGUGGAAACGACCGAUGAGGAGAACUUUGGUUAUGGACGAACAACAUCCUCUGAGGAAUGGUGUGCACAGUGGAACAUGGAUAAACAAUAAAAAUUAAACUUUUGAAGUAUUAAAUGCCUGACUGUGGUCCAACUUUAGUGAUGUGUCUUAAUAAGACUUGAUGAAGGUCCAGAUCCAUUGAAUGUCUUUGGGGAAAAUGGAUAAUCCAACCUGUAUCAAGGAACGUUACAAUCACUGUCAAGCUAUUCUUCAAAAACUUUACGAACAGCGAAACAUGGGCUUGUUUUGUGACAUUGCUGUUGUGGUAGAGGGAAAGACUUUUCAUGCUCACAAAAAUAUUCUGUCUGCAUGUAGCAGUUACUUUUACACAACCUUGAGCAAGAACAAUCAGGAAUGCACAGUAUUUUUGGAUACAGUCAGCUUGGAUGGUUUAGUCAUUUGUUAGAGUUUUUUUUAUACUUCUCAGGUCCCAGGUUGUCACAUGAAUGACUUCCUUUCAGCUGCUCAGAGUCUGAAUGUUUGUUAUACCAGCAAAGCUUCACUUUGAUACUGAUGAUAUAAACGGGACAUGGAUUAGGAUCAAGCCAAGAAGCCUGUAAAAUACAGAAUAUUUCUAUAAGCAACCAUGAAGUGGAGUUAGAUUUAGAAGAUCUUGAACUGUUAACAGAACAAAGAAGGAGAACCCUGUAGAGACAACAAGUCUGCAGUGUACAGAUGACGUGAAAAUGGAUCAGUCAUGAGCAGAAAGGUACGUGGUGCUUGCCUGGCCAAAAUCAAAACUCGACUGCAGACUGCCAGAUUAUCUGGAGCAAUCAAUUCUAGUAGAAAAUUGCCCCAUCCUCAGACCAGGCUAGUUCAUGUAAAUGGGAGGAAGAAGAGGCAAGAGAAUGAUGCAAAGUCUGAUCAUUGCACAACUCCAUGUCAGUGGACUAAAGUUAAAACAAAUGGAUCUCAGCAAAAGUCUGCAUCUGGAACAUCAAACGUUCCCCUGGAGGCAAUAGACCUGAGCUAUGACAUUCACAAUAAUGCCAGGAAUAGCAGCAAUCUUUUAACAUCUUUAAAUGUGGAAUAUUCACCAGCACCAGAGAGUAGCCAACCAAACAAAUCAAGGAAGGAGUCAAGGGAAGCCUCUGUAUUGAUAACCCAAGACCUUGCUGGAGCUGGAGAUAACAUUCUGGAUGGGAAACGAGUAAGGUGUGAAGGCUGUAAGAAGUUGCUGACUUAUACUCGCUUCCUUUCCCAUCAAGUUUCUGCUGGUGAGGAGUCUUUCAACUGUGAUGUCUGUGAGAAAUUAUUCAAUUACAGUUGCCAGCUAAGCCAGCACCAGAAAACCCACCACAGCAAGAAGUUAUAUCAAUGUGACCAGUGUGGCAAACAGCUCAGAUCUAUGGAGAAACUGCGUGACCAUGUGGCCUACCAUGGAGAAGCUAGGCCUCAUCAAUGCAACCUGUGUGACAAGGCGUACAAGGUAAAAAAUGACCUCACGCAGCACAUCCGUGUCAAACACAUGGAAGCAUCAAAGGGGAAGCCACCUCUGGUACAACUGUGUGAAUUUUGUGGUCAGGCUGUGAAACAUUACAAGAGCCAUAAGAUUUUCUGCAGUGGCAUUAAGAAGUUCCAGUGUAAGUUCUGUCUGCAAGCAUUCUAUCGCUUGUCUGAGCUGAAGAGGCAUACAUGGACCCAUACAGGGGAGUUACCUUAUCAGUGCCGGGUAUGUGGAAAACGCUGCCGCCAUCCCAGUAACCUAAAGAAGCACAUCAGAACAGUUCAUAAAGAGGAGAUCAGAGUGCAGAUCGACAAGGAGCACGCUUCCCCUAAACUUCUGAAGGACUUUCUACCUCAAGAAAUAGAGAGUAAUCAGCUGAUUAUGGGAAAAAUGGAAUUGGGGAAUGGCAGUUUUUUGAAUAUAACUGAAUCCAGUGCUCAGUUGGGUGGCUCAGCCCCCUCUACAAAAUCCACUUUCACAACUGCUGUAGCAGUCCAUGGCACAGUACCUAGCAUGUCACAUGCACUCUGCACUACUCCUGUUAAUUCCAAUGCUAUCAUCCCAUCUAUGCACACAAGUUUGCCUACUGCUUUACAACAGCAUCACAAAGUGGCAAGUCCACUCCCAUCUUUCAAGUCUCUCCUGACCAGUCCCCAUGUGGAUAUGCUGCAGAAUUCCUUUCAUCAGAAAACAUGAGAAUAGAAGCUCCAGUAACUGUACUUUGACCCAUAGUUCUGUGGGAAACACAUUGCACAAGGUGAAAUUAUACAGCUGCUCUAGACUAGCUAAUGUAUUUUACUUACAAUAAUACAAUGCUGUUCUGCUCACAUACAGCUGACAUGCUGUCGGAGCAAUUGGCUUGAUGGAGUCUUCAAAUGGACCUGAUACAUUAUAUUUUUCUGUUUUAAAUAUUUCUUAUUUGUAACAGCUUGCAAUUUUCCUUCUGCGUCUGUUACAGUAUGAAUUUGUCAUGCUAGUUAAUGAUACAGGAAUUAAUUUAAGAGACAAAAAGGCAGAUUUAGUGAUGAAUUUGUCAAUGACUGGUCUUUCAUCUGCCUCAACCACAUCAUCCCCAGCCCAUCUCUAUUCCACCCAUCUCAAUACCUCCGGUAAGAAACUUUGUUAAAAUUUAUGUUGAUAUGAUUCAAUGAACCUUGGUAUUUUUGAAUAUAUAAAUUCUCUGAAACAACAUAAAACAAAAAAAGUUGUUCCACAAUGUUCCCAAAAAACACAUGCUGAUUGAUAGUUCUCUGGAAUCCCUUUUUUUCCCUUUUGUGUAAGAGAUGUGAUAGUGAAUUUAUUAUUUUUAGCCCUUAUUUUUAUCAGCCACUGUAACGAGUCAAACAUAAUUGACCUUGAAUGCCUGGCAGACAUGGUGUAUAUUAUGUGAUCCAAAAACAUUAAAACUAUUAAACUAC